GAUAUAUAUACAAUAUAAUAACAAAAAUAUUGUUAUAACCUUUACAUACAAUCGCCCAGUUUAAACAAAGAAAAAUGUCUGAACUACAGAAAGUUUUCGAAGCAUUCGCUUCCUUUGGUUGCGGCCCCACCACUGAAAUGGAUAACAGCCACUUCUCGAAGAUGCUCAAAGAGGCAAAGGUCAUUGGUAAGGUAUUCACAGCCACCGACGCUGAUCUUCUUUUCAACAAGAUCAAGAGAAAGGGGGAGCGUAAGAUUAUCUUCGAGGAGUUCACAGGCAGGGCGAUCCCGGAGAUCGCGGCAAAGCUAAAGAAGAGUGAGGAGGCUGUGGUGGAGAUGAUCUCGAACGCCUCUCCACAGGCGCGCGCGACGAAGACGGAUAAUGUUAAAUUUCAUGACGACAAGAGCUCCUACACCGGUGUCUAUAAGGCGGGGGGACCGAGUAAUAUCGACCGCAACUCCGCUUCGUUAGCUGGUGUGGUGGAUCGCCGCGUGGAGACGGUGGAUAAUCGCGGAACGGUUCCUAAACAACACUAGAAUAAAAUCUUUUAUAUAUAAAUAUAUAUAUAUAUUUAUUUAUUUAUUUACUAAUGGCACGAAAAGCUGCACCCGAAUGAUGCGAUGUCGUUCACUGUUGAUCGAUUCCAUUGUCUAUGAAGCAAAAUAAAGAAUUUGUCUUUGUUUUUUAAAAAUUGGUUUGCUGAACAUGCUUCACGGCACUGGACCAUUUUUUUUUUAGCCACAAUUUGUUUUCUAUAUGCAUUGAUUAUUAUUUUAUUGGGAAAAAAAUGGGGUAAUAUGUAUUCGACGUCUUUCAUUUUUCUUAGAAUUGUAAAAAGUUUCAAUAUUAAAUUUUAUUAUUAGGCACAAUGGUGUCAAAUGGGGAAAAAAGUUCGUGUAUCACUUGAAUGACGGGUCGCUGCAGCCGUUCUGAUAGCAAAAGACUGCUUUUGAUUGUUUCUCACAUAAUUGGUCUUCACUUUUCCCGCAUUUUUCACCUCUACUUUGAGGUAAAAUAAGUUUGAUUUCUAUAGAAUAGCUCACGCUUGCACAUCUAAGUUCUAUAUAGGUAUAUUUAGACAAGCAAACCCAGAUAUAUAUGUGAAUAUAGGUAUAUGUAUACAAGGAUUUAUUUAAUCUUUUAAAUCAGUAUUUAUUAUUAGUUU